CGUCCAUAUGAAUGCCAUCUCUGCGAUAAAUCUUUCUUUCGUCUAGAGCACCAAACACGUCAUAUCCGCACCCACACUGGCGAAAAACCUCAUCCUUGCGACUUUCCCAACUGUGACAAACGCUUCUCGCGAUCAGAUGAACUCACUCGUCAUAUGAAGGCCCAU